UUUUCUUUGAAUCCUUUCUUUAAAUGCUGUUCUUCUAUUUUGGGUGAACUUAAUCUAUGUCAACUCAAAUUAUUUUUGUUUAUGUUUUCUAAUUUUAAUAAAGCUUUUAAUAUUCUAGUUUGAUGUUAUGGCUUGUCUUGGCAAGUUGAGUGUUUCCGGUGUUAGAAGCUUUGAUCCAGAAAGUCGCGAAGUCAUCAAAUUCUUCCCAUUAACGUUGAUUCUUGGAUCUAACGGUGCUGGUAAAACGACUUUAAUUGAGUGCUUACGAUAUGCUGCUACCAAUGAAUUUCCUCCAUUUACGAACAAGGGUAAAACUUGGAUUCAUGAUCUACACUUUGCAAAGGGUCAUACUAAUCGUGGUCAAGUAAAGUUGGCUUUCAAGGAUAUACACGAAGUAGAAUGUGUUAUCACUCGUUCUCUGGAACUCACAGCUAAACGUGACAGAUCUGGCAAAGUUGUUCCUCAGAUGAGAACAUUAGAUGCCAUCAUAAAACGUGGAGAAGAAACCAUUGUCAGCACUAAAUGUGUUCAAAUUGAUUCGGUUAUGCUGGACCUUUUAGGUGUCUCUAAAGCUGUACUAUCUGAUGUUAUAUUUUGUCAUCAAGAAGAUUCUAAUUGGCCUCUUAGUGAAUCUAAAGUUCUCAAAGAGAAAUUUGAUCAACUUUUUGGAUCCAUUGGUUAUGUUAAAGCCUUAAAGAGAAUCAAAGAUGAGCGGACCGAAUAUUCUAAAAGAUUAACACAGUGUGAAGGUGAAUCCAAGCUUUUCCAAGAACACAAACACCAGGCUGAUAAAUAUUCUAAUGAAUUACACAAGAACCAAGCAACACUAGCAUCAUACAAAGAAAAGAUGAAUUCUUUAAAUCAAGAGAUUGGUCCUAUCAAGCAGGAACUUGAAUCUUUAGCCGUCAAAGAAAAAGCUAUGGUGGGUGUUGAAAAGACCAUAUCUAGCUUACAAGCUCAGUUAGAUGAGCAAAAGAAGAGCAUUGAUUACUUGAAGAAGAAUAUUCGAGAAAUUUUUACCGGUACUAAAGAAGAACUCAAAGACAAAAUAUCAAAUUUCUCAGCGGGUAUCAAAACAAAAGAUUUCGAGCUUAAAAAGGCUGAAAAAAAGUUGGAGGAUUUUGAGGAUGUUUUGAAGCAACUUAAUACUAAAAUCAAUCGAAUAUCUAUGUCAAAGGGCAAACUAGAAGCCAGACAUGCAAAGUUUACUCAAGACAAAAAGAAAUUGAAAAAUUAUCUUCAAAAACUGCUCAAAGAAGAAUCAUCGGAAUUUGAUUCAUUGAGUACCUUGGACAUCGAAGUAAACACUGAUAAUGCUUUGGCUACAAUCCAUACUUCUUUAGAUUCACGAAAAGGAAAACUAGAAGAUGAAAUCCGGGUAACACUCAAAGAAUUCGAUAAUUCAAUUAAGGAAAUUGAUCGACGAAUGGAUGAACUCAAAUCUCAGAAAUCUAAGUUGGAGCAAUCUAUCAAAAUCAACAAUGAUUCUAUUAAAGAAAAAACUGAUGAAGCUGGUCGAAUUGAAAUACAAUUGAAAGAAAUUAGUCAAUCAUCUUCACAAUUGAAGAAACUCGCUGCCCAAUUGGAGACAAAAAAAGACGAAUUGCGAGAGCUUAAUGAAAAGUACGAUCUAGUCAACAUUCAAAAGGAUAUUCGCUCGAUUUAUGCUGAACAGCAAAAACUCAAGGAUAAACUUGAUGUUCUCUACAAGGAAAAGGAUCUUCUUAUUGCUCAGAAUGAAGCAAGAGCUGUUUUACAAGUUCACUUGAAAACCCAGGAAAAAGAGCAAGAUAAUUUAGCUACAAUUUAUUCUGAACAUGUUAAUCUUUUGCAAGAUCUUGGUAUUGAUGAAAAUGACACUGACAAAUCUUUCGUUGAUGAACUUAAAAACAAGAUUCGAGGAGUAGAGAGAAAACUAAAAAACAAAGAAGCUUCCAAAGAAUCACUUGUUUCAGAUCGGAGAAAGCUGGAAACUCAAUUGGAAAUGAUAAAAAUGAAGUUUGAAAAUUGUAAGAAAGAGAUCAAAGAAAAAGAAUCGAAAAUCAAAGCAACUUGUGGCUCAGACUCCUUUGAGAACUAUUUGAUGUCAAUCGAAUCUGAAUUAAAGGCUUUGCGAAGUAAGAGUGCGACUUCGAGUGGAGCAGAAACAAUUUUAUCUGAAUACUCAGUCAUCAUUGAAAAAGAAGCCAAAUGUCCCAUAUGUGAAACUGAUUUAAAAGCUACCCUCUCCAAAGUUAAGAGCAGUUUGACAAAGAAAAUUCGUCAACUACCGCAAGAGGCUAAAAAGGUGAACGAAGAUUUGGCCAAGAUGGAAAAACUUUAUGAAAAAUUACUUCGGUUAAAAAAUGACAAUGAAACGGUUAGAUCUUCCAAAGAACAGCUUCCAAAAUUGAAACAAGAAGUGCUUGAUACUCAAAAGAAAGUUGAUGACAUCUUGAACAAAAUACAAGUUGGAGAACGUGAACUCAAAAAAGAAAAGGCUGAACUUGAUAGACUCCGAGCAGCAGAACCUCAAGCUAUAAGUUAUGACAAUAGCAUCAGAUCUCUUCAGGAGGUUGAAAGUCGAAUUCAAAAAUGUAAAGAAGAACUAGGAGCUGCCGAUGAUGACUUACGAUCUUUGGAUGAUGUUCGCGAAGAAAUAGAGGAACUUUCGGAGGAAUUACAUCGAACCGAGGAAAAACACAAAACACUUCAAGACGAAAAAGAUUUGGCAUCCAAACAAAUAAAUGAACUCAAAGAAGAGAUUUUCAAUUUGGAAGGUAAAAAAUUGAAUCUAGAAAAAGGUCAGCAAAGGCAAGUUUCUCUGACUGAAAAAUGCUCAGAAUUGCAAAAACAAGUAAACUCAUUGAAAAAGGAUCUCUCCAAAUAUCAUAAUGAAAUCAAGUCAAUUGAACCAAAUUUGAAAGAAGUUAUUGAAGAAAGAAGAAAAUUAGCUGAUGAAAAAGAUGGAAAAAGAAAACAGUUGGAAUCGACUUUAGCUAAAUUGAACCGAUAUCAAGAUGAUUUUGCUGCCAUUGGUGAGGAUAUAUCAUCUUAUUUGAUGGAUGAUACUGAUUCUGAACUACGAGACUUACAAGAAGAGUUAGAUCAAAUUAAAAAAGAUAGCAUUAAAGUGCACAAUGACAAAACUGAUCUCAGCAAAAAAUGUCAGGAAUACCGUAAAGAAAUCAAUGAAGCAGAACUGGGAGAAAGAAACUUAAAGGACAACUUGGAGCUUCAAGAAAGACUGGAAAAAGUGACCGAAUAUGAAGACAAGUUGGAAAUAGAAAAAGGUAAACGAGGUGCUGCCGAUUCAGUGGCGUUGUUGAAGAAAAGGCAACAAUUAGAUAAGCAAUAUCAAGAAAAGUUUCAACUUUUACAGCAAAUUAAAGGUAAACAAGAGCCAAUUGUUUCUCAUAUUCAAGAUCUGGAAAGAGAAUUAUCUGCAGAUAAAUAUCGUAAAGCUAAAGAUAAUUAUCAAAGUAAAUUAGUAGAAACUGUUGAAUUGGAAGCAAUUUGCGAAGAUUUGAAUAAAUUGUAUCGAGCACUCGACCAUUCAGUCAUGGUUUUCCAUAAAAAGAAGAUGGAUGAAAUCAAUCGUUAUCUUUACAAGCUGUGGAGACAGGCUUAUCGGGGUAAUGACAUUGAUUACAUUAAAAUUGAAUCAGACACUGAAACUGAGAGAUCAGCUUCAGAUAAAAGGCGUUCAUUUAAUUAUCGUGUUGUCAUGGUUCGCAAUCGAGUUGAAAUGGAUAUGAGAGGCCGAUGUUCAGCUGGACAAAAGGUUAUCGCUUCUUUAGUUAUCCGUUUGGCUUUGGCUGAAAUAUUUUCCGUCAAUUGUGGAAUCUUAGCUCUGGAUGAACCAACCACAAAUUUGGAUAAAGAAAAUAUUCAAGCAUUUGCUGAUUCAGUUUCUAAUAUUGUUAAAUUGCAUCGUAACCACCGGUUCCAAUUGGUUAUAAUUACUCACGACGAUCAGUUUCUAAAAUGCCUCCGUGAAUCUGAGUGUGAAUAUUAUUAUGAAGUCUACAAAGACGAUAAAGGUUAUUCACGAAUCAAGCAACUCUCAAUCAGAGAAAGAGAUAAUUAAUUUUUGUUUUAUAUUUUUCGAUUAAUAAUUGGUUACAAGAUUUGAAUUAACAACAAAAUUUAAUAAUUGUUAAUAAUUGUUUUGAUUAUAAAUUUUGUACAUAAAUAUAACAUUUUAUAAUAAAUAUUGAUAAAUCACAUUAA